CACACUUCCCCCCUAGUCAGACACGCACACUCCCUCGCUCCCGCUCGCUCACUCCCUCGCUCUCUCGCUCUCUCGCUCACACACACGCACGCACACGCCGCCGCGGUUCCCCCUCUAGCUCCGGCUCUCCCUCCGGCUCCUCCGGGCGGCCGCCGGGCUCCGGACUCGCCCGCUACCCGCGCCGGGGCUCCCGCCCCACGCAGCGUCCCGAGGCAGCAGGACUGGGGGGAGCCCCGGGCCGCUCCCCGAGGCUCUUAAUGGAUAAGGAAGGCCCCUAGUCCUCGAAGUAUCCGCCCACCCCAACCCGCACCCUCCCUGAGCAGGGACCAUGGCACACACCCCACUCCGGAGCUGCCCAGACGCUUCCUGGUGAUCCGGACGCUAGGCGGCGAGGGGGGCGCGGGCGGGGACCCCGGGGGCUGUCCAUGCCCCGGGUGCGGCCGCGCCCCCUCCCCCUCCAUCCGGGCGCCCUCACCUUCGGGGCCACAGGCCUGUCCGGGUGCCCUGUCGGGGGCAGCGUCCCGGAGCCGGCGCUGAGGCCACCAUGUGACACGGCGCCGCUUCGUUGUGCGAACGAGCGGCGGCGCGCUGGUGCCUCCCGUCCAUGCUCCUGAGCCCUGGCCCCGCACAGGCCAAGCAUGAGGCCGCGGCCCGACGGUAGGGGGCUCCGGGCGGGAGCCGCGCUGUCGCCGGCGCUGCUGCUGCUGCUGCUGCUGCCGCCUCCGCCGUCGCUGCUGGGGCACCUGUGGGCAGCGGGCACGCCCGCGCCAUCGGCGCCCGGGGCUCGGCAGGACGGCGCACUGGGCGCGGGCCGCGUGAAGCGCGGCUGGGUGUGGAACCAGUUCUUCGUGGUGGAGGAGUACACAGGCACCGAGCCUCUGUACGUGGGCAAGAUCCACUCGGACUCAGACGAGGGUGAUGGGGCCAUCAAGUACACCAUCUCAGGCGAGGGCGCUGGGACCAUCUUCUUGAUCGACGAGCUGACUGGUGACAUCCAUGCCAUGGAGCGCCUGGACCGAGAGCAGAAAACCUUCUACACACUGCGGGCCCAGGCUCGGGAUCGUGCCACCAACCGCCUGCUAGAACCCGAGUCGGAGUUCAUUAUCAAGGUGCAGGACAUCAAUGACAGCGAGCCUCGUUUCCUGCACGGCCCCUACAUUGGCAGCGUGGCUGAGCUCUCACCCACAGGCACGUCGGUGAUGCAGGUGAUGGCCUCAGAUGCAGAUGACCCCACUUAUGGCAGCAGCGCUCGGCUGGUAUACAGCUUGCUGGAUGGCGAGCACCACUUCACCGUGGACCCCAAGACUGGUGUGAUCCGGACGGCUGUGCCUGACCUCGACCGUGAGAGCCAGGAGCGCUAUGAGGUGGUGAUCCAGGCUACAGACAUGGCGGGUCAGCUGGGUGGCCUCUCAGGAUCCACUACCGUCACCAUCGUGGUCACUGAUGUCAACGACAACCCACCCCGAUUCCCGCAGAAGAUGUACCAGUUCAGCAUCCAGGAGUCAGCCCCUAUCGGCACAGCUGUGGGACGAGUGAAGGCGGAGGACUCAGACGUGGGAGAGAACACCGACAUGACUUACCACCUUAAGGAGGAAAGUGGCAGUGGUGGUGAUGUGUUCAAGGUCACCACAGACAGCGACACUCAGGAGGCCAUCAUUGUAGUGCAGAAGCGCCUGGACUUCGAGUCCCAGCCUGUGCACACCGUGGUGCUGGAAGCCCUCAACAAGUUCGUGGACCCCCGCUUCGCCGACCUGGGCACGUUCCGCGACCAGGCGAUCGUGCGCGUGGCGGUGACCGACGUGGACGAGCCCCCCGAGUUCCGGCCGCCUUCCGGCCUCCUGGAGGUGCAGGAGGACGCGCAGGUGGGCUCCCUGGUCGGCGUGGUGACGGCGCGGGACCCCGACGCCGCCAACCGGCCCGUCCGGUACGCCAUUGACCGCGAAUCAGAUUUGGAACAGAUCUUCGAUAUUGAUGCUGAUACAGGUGCCAUCGUGACCGGCAAGGGGCUGGACCGUGAGACGGCCGGCUGGCACAACAUCACAGUGCUGGCCAUGGAGGCAGACAAUCACGCCCAGCUAUCCCGGGCAUCCCUCAGGAUCCGAAUCCUGGACGUGAAUGACAAUCCCCCAGAACUGGCCACACCCUACGAGGCUGUUGUGUGUGAGGACGCCAAGCCAGGCCAGCUCAUCCAGACCAUCAGUGUGGUGGACCGGGAUGAGCCCCAGGGUGGGCACCGCUUCUAUUUCCGCCUGGUACCUGAAGCUCCCAGCAACCCUCACUUCUCUCUGCUUGACAUCCAAGCAGACAACACGGCUGCAGUGCACACGCAGCACGUGGGCUUCAACCGGCAGGAGCAGGACGUGUUUUUCCUGCCCAUCCUGGUGGUGGACAGCGGGCCACCCACGCUGAGCAGCACAGGCACGCUCACCAUCCGCAUCUGCGGCUGCGACAGCUCCGGCACCAUCCAGUCGUGCAACACCACAGCCUUUGUCAUGGCCACCUCCCUCAGCCCUGGCGCCCUCAUCGCCCUCUUGGUCUGCGUCCUCAUCCUGGUCGUGCUGGUCCUGCUGAUCCUCACCCUCAGACGCCACCACAAGAGCCACCUGAGCUCGGACGAGGACGAGGAUAUGAGGGACAACGUCGUCAAAUACAACGACGAGGGUGGCGGCGAGCAGGACACGGAAGCCUACGACAUGUCGGCGCUUCGGAGCCUCUACGACUUCGGCGAGCUCAAAGGAGGCGACGGGGGCGGCGGCGAGGCCGGCGAGGGCGGCGGGAGCAGCGAGGGAGCGGGCGCGGGCGGGGGCGCGGGCAGCCCCCCGCAAUCCCAUCUGCCCUCGGAGCGCCACUCGCUCCCGCAGGGGCCGCCUAGCCCGGAGCCGGACUUCUCGGUGUUCAGGAACUUCAUCAGCCGCAAGGUGGCGCUAGCGGACGGGGACCUGUCGGUGCCGCCCUACGACGCCUUCCAGACCUACGCCUUCGAAGGCGCGGACUCGCCGGCCGCCUCGCUCAGCUCUCUGCACAGCGGCUCGUCGGGCUCCGAGCAGGACUUCGCCUAUCUCAGCAGCUGGGGCCCGCGCUUCCGGCCCCUGGCCGCGCUCUACGCCGGCCACCGCGGGGACAAUGAGGCCCAGGCCUCCUAGCCCCACACCUGCCAGCAGGGGCUUGCACACCCAGGACCCGACUGGGCCCGAGAACAACGAAUUUUACCCACUCGCUCACCCUGUUCCCUAGCCCUACCACCCUCCCCUGACGAAGGAAGGGAGGGGGGUCUUGUUAGGGGCGGACUCUUCGACCCCUCCUCUUCUGGGGAAGCAGCUUUCGAGCCCAGAGGUGCAGAAUUACCACCAACGUCAUUAAAACUGAGGCGAGACCCGGCACUGCGUGGCUCUGCGGUUGGAAGGGGAAAUGGGGGUAGUCAGGGCUGCGUCGGAAGAGGCGGUUACUCGACCCGGGCUGGGGGAGGAUGCUGAUGAGAUGCCCCUGCUGCAGCCUUUGCCUCAUCAGAGUUAAGUGGAAGGAAGGGAUGUUCAUUUAUUAAGUGCCUACUAUGUGCUGGGACACUGUGCAGGAACCAUCCUAGUCGUCAUAGAAACCAUGAGGUGGGGAAAAUCCUGCAAAGUGGUUGUGACCGGUUCCAGGAUACGUAGCCAGUGAAUAGUGGAGUCUUGGGCACAGACCUGCUGCCUGGCCUUGGGCAAGUCACCUCACUUUUCUGGGCCUCAGUUUCCUGAUCUGUCAAAUGACGUUAAUAACAGGACAUACCUCAAAGAGUUGUGAGGAUCAAAAGGGUUCCUAUGUGUCAAAUGGUUAGGAUGGUGCCUGGCACAGAGUAGGUGUUCAAUAAAUGUUCUCCUUUGUUA